ACCUCCCCCCUUUCCCCCUCCAGCCCUAAACCCCUCGGUGACCGUCCCCGCUCUACUGGUUUCGCCUGAAGCACUCUCCCAUCGUCCCCUUUCCCCACUCCUGCCCGAAAACCUCGUGUCAGGAUCGUGGUGUACGAAGACCUCCGAACCUCCCGUCUUUCUACUCGUUCAGCUCUGCUCCAACUCGAAACCAUUGAGGAAAAGAAGCGAGAAGUUGCAAAGGAAACCCUCGUAUUUUCUACCACUCUAAAACCAGUUAAUCAGCCUGCCAACAGGAUUGAAGUUCUACUCCUCAUCCAGUUCAACGCUGCUUAGUUUUUGGCUGCCAUCAUCGAGGUCACUACCAUUGUUGCAGCGUUCUUCAUUGCUAUUGGUGAGCUUUGUAAUUUUACUUGAGGUAAUUUAUGAGAGCAAAAUAUGUCGGACACAGCAGCUUUUGAUAUGCAUGAUGUUCCACAAGGUCGGCUCCCCGAGCAUAUUGAGCUUCGGAGGACCCGAGUAUUUUGCAAAGCUGAUGCCCCAAUACAUACAGAGGAUGUCGAAUAUUCUGGUGCUUAUGCGGCGAUGGGCUUUGACAAUAGUUUGCAACUAGACGAUUUUCACAGAAAUUUCAAAGUUGAAAUAAAGAAGCUUUCAAAUGAUGUUAUUGAAUUUGACAUGAUUGGGAUCGACGCUUCUUUGGCUAAUGCAUUUAGGAGGAUUUUGAUUGCCGAGGUUCCAACAAUGGCCAUUGAGAAGGUUCUCAUUGUUGACAACACAUCUGUGAUGGCUGAUGAGAUACUAUCCCAUAGGCUGGGCCUUCUACCAAUCGAGGCUGACCCAAGGCUAUUUGACUUCCUCUCUGAAAAUGAUACUCCAAGUGAGCGUAAUACUAUAGUAUUUAAAAUGAAAGUUCACUGUAAGAAGGGUGGCCCUCGUCUUACUGUGAAAUCUGAUCAGUUACAGUGGCUGCCAAAUGGCAGUGAGCUUUUAAUGGAAUCGCCUAAUCCAUCUACAAAACCACGCAGUUACACUUCUUUCUCUUGUAGUCAAGCUCAUCUACCACAAUUUUCGGGCAAACCACUCGGUUUGAAGCAUCCUGAUAUUAUCAUUACUAAGCUUGGUCCAGGACAGUCUAUUGAGCUUGAAGCCCAUGCAGUGAAAGGCACUGGAAAAGUUCAUUCCAAGUGGUCUCCUGUCGGUACAGCAUGGUAUAGGAUGCUACCGGAGGUUAAACUAUUGAAAGAAGUGAAAGGAAAUGAUGCAGAAAAACUUGUCAAGAAAUGCCCAGUUAAAGUGUUUGAUGUUGAAGAUGUUGGGCAUGACGUGAAGAAGGCGGUAGUUUCUAAGCCGCGAGAUUGUACGUUGUGCAGAGAAUGCAUUAGAAGUGGCGGUGAGGAGAACAUUGCGCUAAGGCGUGUUAGAGACCACUUCAUCUUUACUGUGGAGUCAACGGGUGCUCUACCCCCGGAAGUAUUAUUUACAGAAGCUGUCAAGAUACUGGAAGAAAAGUGUCAGCGUGUCAUUUCUGAACUUUCGUAGCAAUUUAGGCGCAGCUUUGUAAGAGUUAUGAGCUUCCUGCUUACAGUUUUGAAUGUUUGUUUUUUGCAAUAAUGUUUGUAAGCAUUCUCUGUAAAUGCAGUAGUUGAAUUAUGAGGACACCAUAGGGAUAUUCUGAUCUGAUGAGAUGAGGCGGCAUUUUUUCUUUCA